AACCCCCGCGGGGGGCAACGGCAGCGAGUGCGACUGCCACGAGUGGCACUACCGCAUCAGAGCCGGCCUCGUCCAAAACGUCGUGAGCAAGUGGGAUCUUGUUUGUGAUUCCGCCUGGAAAGUCCACAUUGCUAAAUUCUCUCUACUGGUAGGAUUAAUCUUCGGCCACUUAAUAACAGGAUGUAUAGCUGACUGGGUUGGUCGACGGCCUGUGCUGCUCUUCUCAGUCAUAUUCAUUUUGGUAUUUGGACUGACUGUGGCACUCUCAGUGAACGUGACCAUGUUCAGCACACUCAGGUUUUUUGAGGGAUUUUGCCUGGCUGGAAUUGUCCUCUCCCUGUACGCACUGCGGAUAGAGCUCUGUCCUCCUGGGCACCGGUUCAUGAUCACCAUGGUGGCAAGCUUCAUCGAAAUGGCGGGGCAGUUCCUCAUGCCAGGGCUGGCUGCCCUCUGCAGGGACUGGCAGGUCCUCCAGGCAGUCAUCAUCUGUCCUUUCCUGCUGAUGCUGCUUUACUGGGUCAUUUUCCCAGAGUCCCUUCGGUGGCUGAUGGCUACACAACAGUUUGAGGCAUCCAAGGAACUGAUCCUUCAGUUCACGCACAAGAACAGGAUGAACACGGAAAGCGACAUCAAAGGAGUGGUACCUGGGCAUAGGAUGGACGAAUCAGUUCAUAGGAUGGACGAUGCUGUGGGAAUGAAGCUGUUGUCUGUUCCUCAUUUGUUGCAGAAUUUGGAAGAGCUGGAAAAGGAGAUCACCAGAAGACCCAAGAAAGUCUGCAUUGUUAAAGUGGUGGGAACCAGGAACCUGUGGAAAAACAUUGUAGUAUUAUGUGUGAACUCGCUGACUGGUUACGGCAUACACCACUGUUUUGCGAAAAGCAUGAUGGGGCAUGAAGCGAAGAUGGCGAUUACCCACAACUUCUAUGCAGACUACUAUACCAUGGCUGGUAUUGCGCUGGCAUCCUGCCUGGCCAUGUGUCCGGUGGUCGGGUUUCUGGGGAGGAGAGGAGGACUCCUGCUUUUCAUGAUCCUUACAGCUCUGGCAUCCCUUCUACAGCUGGGCCUUCUCAACUUGAUUGGAAAAUACAGUCAACUUCCAGACUCAGGUAUGAGUGACAGCGUCAAAGACAAAUUCUCUACCGCAUUUUCCAUCGUGGGUAUGUUUUCUUCGCAUGCCGUUGGAAGCCUCAGCGUGUUCUUCUGUGCUGAAAUCACACCCACAGUAAUCAGGGGAGGAGGACUGGGGCUUGUCCUGGCCAGCGCGGGCUUUGGCCGCCUGACUGCCCCCAUCAUGGAACUCCACAACCAGAAAGGCUACUUCCUCCACCAUGUCAUCUUUGCCUGCUGUACGCUCAUCUGCAUCAUCUGUAUCCUGCUGCUGCCAGAGAGCAAGAACCAGAACCUGCCGGAGAACAUCCCAGAUGGGGAACAUUACACCCGGCAGCCCCUCCUGCCGCACAAGAAGGGGGAGCAGCCCCUGCUCCUGACAAACUCUGAACUCAAGGAUUACUCCGGCCUCCACGACUCGGCAGCUGUGAGCGAUGGGAUCUCGGAGAACACCACUGCCAACGGGAUGAAGUCAAUGUAACUGGGUGGAUUUUUUUCCUUCUUUUUUUUUGGUUGGGUUUAUUUUUUCUUCUCUU